AUGGAAAAAGCGCUCAAGAAAGAUAAAAUUACCCACGCCGGCAGCCGGGAAACCGGUGAAUCCGGUCCAAGGUCCCCAUUCGUAUGUGGGGGGGACUGCGAACGCUUCGUGGGCUCGCAGAGCUCUCGUCAACCCGAGACAGACAUGGCGUUAAACGCCCCCACCGGACAAGACUCUCGCGCGUCAACACCGUCUGCGCUUUCCGAAGCGCGGGUGGUGUUGGAGCGCCUACCAACCACGGAUUUGACUCCAGCACGAAGUGCUGAUGGUGCUGUUCCUGGGCCAAAAGCCCAGAGACGUACAAGGCGGACCGGUCCUAGCCUCGUUUCAUCUUCGGAUGAAACGAGCAGUCUACGGACCGUUUGCUCCAUGGAGAGCCUAUCCUCUCUCCCAGAGGGCACACUGUGGCGCAAGCGCAAAACAGUUGUGCUCUCGGACCCGUCCUCUGACGAGGGGGACCGAGCUCCGGUAACGGAGCUCGGUUCACCCGUCAUGAGGGCGCGGGCCAAGAGAGAAAACCUAACAGUAGGUCUUGCCAAGGCCAAGGCUGAGCUCAACCGCGCCAGGCGGGAAGAGCUCAUGCUGGAGGCUGAAAUGGCGGUGGCUGAAUCAGCCAGAAAGGUCUUCGGUCUUCGAAGCUCCGGCACACCGCCGGAGACAAUGACGAAAGUGGCAGGAGAUAAUCCCGCCCCAGCACCUGGUACAGAGACGGUCGCCGGUCUCUACCAGAAGGCGAAGGAUGCUGCCGCGGUCAUAGAGAACGUGGCCAGCAAAUCGGGCAGACUAAAGGGCACCUUCGUCCGUGCCCUAAGGGACUCCACCAGGCUCAUCAUGGAGGUCCUAGACGUUCUCCGCUCCACGUCGGUGAGCGAGGAGACGCGCAAACUGCAGGCCGAGAACUCUCGCCUGCAGAAAGCGAUCGACGAGCAGAAGAAGGAGAUGGAGACACUCCGGCUGGAGAUGCGCCAAGUGAGGGACUCGCUGGGCGCAUCUCAGAGUAUGACACCGCCAGCACCAGCGCUUGCACCUCCAACGGAGACCCUGCCUGUCUCUGAGAGCCCGCUCCCGGAGCCGGCCCCAAGAGUUGCAAGCGCCAAACUGGCGAAGAGGACAAACCCGCCGCUGCGCGAGUGCAGUAGAGCCAUGUCCGAUACCGAUGGAGACCUUGCCGCGCAAAUCAUAAGCCAGGUGGGCUUCAUGAUGGAUGCGAAACUGGCAGGUCUCGAGGACAGGCUCCUGCCUCCCAAGACGAAGCGUCCCCCGCUAGCGGCGGACCGAAAAAACGCGCAGUCUUACGCUGCUGCGGCCAGGACCCCCGCUGCCUCGGCGAGGACCCCCGCAGCAGUAGCCAAGAAGGCGACUGCCACCGCAGCCGGCACCACACGUGCCACGCCGCUCGCGGCCUCUCAAGGCCCAGCCGCGGCUGCUAGUGGCCCAUCCUCCACACAGCCCCAGAAGAAGAGGAAGAGGGGUCCCAGGGGGAGGAAGAAAGGGAAGAAGGGAGGGAACGGCGGCCAAGUCGAGGCCCAACCCCUGCCUUCCGGGUCUGCCGGCGACGGCUGGACCACCGUCGGCAAAGGCCGAAAGAAGAAGGCGGCUCCCACGCAACAGCGCCCAAAGGUGCCCAAGAUGCGCACACCCCGCACAGCGGCGGUAGUGCUGCAUCUGCAACCGGCGGCAAUGGAGGGGGGAACCACCUAUGCGGAUGUCCUGAGGACGGCCAAGGCCAAGGUGAAUCUCCAGAGCCUGGGGAUAACCAACCUCAGGAUCCGCAAGGCGGUGACCGGCGCGAGAGUGUUGGAGCUCGCGGGCGCAACGAGCGCCGAGAAGGCCGACACCCUGGCUGAAAAGCUCAGGGAGUCGAUGAGCGGGGACGUGGUGAAAGUCUCCAGGCCCAUAAAACGCGCAGACAUGCGCAUUGUGGGCCUGGAUGACUCCGUCUCCGUUCAAGAGGUGGUGGAGGCAGUGGCCACGGCCGGCGGAUGUGCGACGGACGCCAUCAGGACCGGUGUCAUUCGCGAAGGCGCGGGUGGCAUGGGCUCCCUGAUGGUGAGCUGCCCUGUAGCAGCUGCUAAAAGGGUAGCUAAGGGUCGCCUCCUAGUCGGCUGGACCUCUGUCCAGGUGAGGGUGCUGGAGCCGCGUCCGCUGCGGUGCUUCCGAUGCCACGAAACCGGACAUGCGCACGCCAUGUGCGAGUCCGAGUUGUAA